AUGGACUCUAGUAUUCUAUGUCCAAUCAAAUACACUGAGCACCGAAGCACCACCAAAAAAUUGACCAAACCCCGGAAGAAACCAACAACGGAGUCUACCUCUUCAUCCAUCCCGAGAAUCGUUCGAAUUUCUAUGACCGAUCCAGACGCCACGGACUCCUCCAGUGGCGAAGAAGACGAGUGUUUUGGGCGUCAGAGAGUGAAGCACUACGUCAACGAAAUCAACAUCGAAACCGACUUCAGAAACACCUUGGUCCUCCCCAACAACGGCCGCAAACGGUCGACCGUCGAGCCUCCGGCGAGUCGGCGGACGGUGAAAAACUCCGUUUCGCAGACCAAUGGGAGCAGGAAGUUCCGCGGCGUACGGCAACGGCCUUGGGGCAAAUGGGCGGCUGAGAUUAGAGAUCCCGCCCGUCGUGUACGGCUGUGGUUGGGGACCUUCGAAACUGCUGAGGAGGCCGCUAUGGUUUAUGAUAAUGCCGCCAUUAAACUCCGCGGCCCUGACGCUUUAACUAAUUUCGUCUCACCGCUACCCAAAGAAGAAGAGAAGCCAGAGCUUCCCGUUAAGCCUGAGGCUGAGCCUGUUAUUGAGGUCGAGAUCACCAACGGAACGACGUCGGGUUCUGGUUACGAUUCCGGGUCGGAGUCUCACAACAAUCUGUCAUCUCCUACCUCUGUUCUUCACUUCAGAACUCAGCCCAAAAUGGAAGAAGCUCAUGAGCCGCAAAAGCUUCAGGUAUUUGACCAAGUAAUGCAGGAGUGUGAAGAUGAGACCGGUACGAAUUUCGCAUCGGACGAUUUGGGUAAUUAUUUGCCUCUGGACUUCCCGUACUUGGAUGACGUGUUCAGCUUCCCAGCUCCGGAUUCUCCCUUGUUCUUCGAUACGCCGAUGUUUUUCGACGACGACGCCACCGCCGCGGCCGCGACGCUUCCCGAGUGUUUACUGAAGGAGGAUUUCAGCGACAUGUUUCGUGACACAUACGACACGUCGUUGUCACCGACGACGUCGUCUAUGUGCCAAGGGGGGGAGGACUAUUUUCACGACAUUUUGUUUGGUUCAGACCCCCUUGUUGUCCUCUGA